UAAAAAUAAGUUUUGAAUUCAAUUAACUGCCAGUUUGUCAUGACAUAAAGUGUUAAUAAAAGUUAUUGGCCAGCAUGAAAUACUCAAAGGCGUUAGUGGCAGUUUUCGCAAUGGCCAGUUAUCGGCCAUUAUGGGACCUUCCGGAGCCGGCAAGAGUAGCCUUUUAAAUGCCAUAUCAGGAUAUUGCACUUCCGGUGUGUCUGGCCAUUUAAAAAUCGAUCGCAAAAACUCUUGCUAUAUUACCCAAGAAGAUCAUCAUCAAACUCUGCUCUCAGUUGAAGAACUUAUGCAUUUGUCCUGUGAUCUUAAGCUAAAACAUGACUGUCGCAAAAAUAAGAAACAAUUAAUAGAAGAGAUUUUAGUGAAUCUCAAUUUAAAUCACAGACGUACGGUGAAAGCCAAUAAAUUGAGUGGUGGUGAGAGAAAACGUCUGUCGGUGGCUUUGGAAUUGGUGGCAAAUCCAAAAAUAUUUUUCUUGGAUGAACCCACCAGCGGUUUGGAUGAAGUGACGGCUUUGCAGUGUGUAAGACUGCUGAGUAAUUUGGCCAAGCAGGGUCAUACGGUGGUGUGUACCAUACAUCAGCCCUCCGCCUCGGUUUUCAAUUAUUUCGAUAAUGUUUAUGUUUUGGCCCAGGGAAAGUGCGUGUAUCAGGGACCGCCCCUGGGUUUAGUGCCGUUUCUAGGGCAUGCCCAGAAGGAGUGUCCCAAACAUUACAGUCCCUCGGAUUAUAUCAUCGAACUUUGCGAUUUCGAAGGUCUUACUGCCAUCAACUACUUGGCCGUCCUCACCGACAAUGGCAAACUCAUCUUUACACCACCUGUGGAUACAAUCAAAAGUGGAACCAUUGAAGGCGUUACAAAUCCCCUACCCGAACCUCAAUCUUUUAUAUUUCGCCAUGCAGUCACCACAUUCUUCCCUGAGAUCAAUCAAACUCCCGGUUUAACUUCUAUAUUAACAAAAUCUCAUAACUCUUUCUAUGCUGGCACUUCCCUGCUGUUUGAUCACAUGAAAACCUUUUCAAAGAGUCUCUCAAAAUCCCAUGAUGGCACCUCGGGCUUCCAGCAGUUUUGUGUAUUGUCUCGAGUUAUGUUUUUGCGUAUUUUAAGGGCUCGUAUACCCAUAUUGAUACAAUUUAUACACCACACCAUGGUGGGUUUGUUUUUUGGUAUGCUUUUUUAUAAUCUGGGCAAUCAGGGCUCUCAUAUGUUUGCCCAUUUGAAAUUUUGCAUAAGCGCCAUCUUGAUGAUUGCCUAUACCCAGGUAACGAUACCAGUAUUGACAUUUCCUUUAGAGGUGAAAAUUGUUAAAAAGGAAACUUUCAAUCACUGGUAUUCCUUGACUCCCUAUUAUAUGGCCUUGAGUAUUAGUCGUUUGCCUUUGCAGAUUGUAUACAAUGUUAUUUAUUUAACCAUUAUUUAUUGGAUGACUGGCUUUCCUCCGCAAUGGUGGCGUUUUGCUAUAUUUAUUUCUGUGGGUCUAAUGACCUCUUUUGUGGCCGAAGGUUUGGGUUUGUCCAUAGGAGCAACAUUUAGUAUAACGAACGGUUCCGUGGUGGGUCCCAUGAUCAUAGCCUCCUUCAUUGGUCUAGCUAUUUACGGUUUCGAUUUUGCUCCUCAAAUCCCCGAACUUAUGAAUUUCUCCAUGAAAACCAGUUUUAUGCGUAACGGUGUAGUGGCACUGAUUCUAACUUUGUUUGGUUAUGGCCGUGAAACUUUAGAUUGUAAUGAAAUCUAUUGUCAUUUCAGUGAUCCUCGAGUGUUGUUGAGAUUUUUGGAUUUGGAAAAUGUUACAUUACAACAGCAAUUUAUGUAUUUAUUUGUACUUUUAGUAUUAUUUAGAUCUUUGUUGUAUAUAAGUUUGAGAAUACAAUGUAAGACAUGA